UGCUUUGUUGCUCCCACAGUCCUUCAGCUCCGACUGCAGCAGCGACGCACCCGGGAGCAGCUGGUGGACCAGGGCAUCAUGCCUCCUCUGAAGAGUCCCGCUGCCUUUCAUGAGCAGAUCCGCAGCCUGGAGCGAGCCAGGACCGAGAACUUCCUUAAACACAAGAUCCGAAGCCGCCCUGAGCGCUCUGAGCUGGUCCGCAUGCACAUCCUACAAGAGACCCUGGCGGAACCCUCGCUGCAGGCCACCCAGCUGAAACUGAAGAGGGCCCGACUGGCCGACGACCUCAAUGAGAAGAUCGCACAGCGGCCGGGGCCCAUGGAGCUGGUGGAGAAGAACAUCCUGCCUGUGGACUCCAGCGUUAAGGAGGCCAUCAUUGUGGGCCAGGUGAACUACCCGAAGACGCUGGACUCAUGCCCCUUUGAGGAAGACAGCAGUGACGCCCUGUCCCCAGAGCAGCCGGCCAGCCAGGAGUCCCAGGGAUCUGCAGCUUCCCCUGGGGAGCCCGAGGCCAAGCCCAGCGAGGCUGUGCUCCUGCUGCCCAGCUCCAGCCUGCAGGCACAGACCUAUCGAGCUGCCUCCCAGGUUAUGGUUGACAUGCCCAAGCUCGUAUCCAUCAGCGAGCAGCCAGCCAAUCGGGUGGUGAUCAGUAGUCAAGUCGUAGCCUCCGGAUCAAAGGCCGGGCCCACCCUAGUCAAGCAAAGCCAGCCCAAACAAGCGAAUGACAAGAGUCGCAGCAAGAAGGGCAAGGAGGCCAGACCCCGGGUGAAGAAACUGAAGUAUCACCAAUACAUCCCCCCCGACCAGAAGGUGGAGCCCAGUGAGGCCCCCAUGGACUCCUCAUACGCCCGACUCCUACAGCAGCAGCAGCUCUUCCUGCAGUUGCAGAUUCUGAGCCAGCAGCAGCAGCAGCACUACAACUACCAGACCAUCCUACCCGCCCCCCUCAAGCCACUGGCUGACGGGCACGUAGCUACUGCCAGCAUGGCCCUCAACAGCAACAAUGCUCUGCCCAACUCAAUCAUGGUGUCCUUGCCCACCGCUGCCCCCAUAAGGCCUAGCAACACCCUGACCAAUCGCAAGCCUGGCCCACUGCCGCCAAACCUGGAGGAGAUGAAGGUGGCCGAGCUAAAGAUGGAGCUGAAAUUGAGAGGCCUGCCCGUGUCAGGGACGAAGACAGACCUCAUAGAGCGGCUUCGGCCUUACCAGGAGAGCUCCAGCGGCGCCGGCCCACAGACCACCUCCACCAGCAGCGGUGUGCCCCCUGCCUCUAUGGAGGUGACCACCUCGUUGUCCAGUCAGCACCUGUCAUCUAUCCAGCAGGGGGCGACAGAGUGCAUGAACGCUACUCCCCCCUCUUCGCCCUUGCUCUCGGAGCUCUCCAGCGCCAGCCUGGAGGAGGUGCUGGCAUCAGAAGUCUCGAAAUCACCACACAAAGUGGGCCCUGAGGAGAAGGACCGGCGCCUCCACGAGAAGGAGCGACAGAUCGAGGAGCUGAUGCGCAAGUUAGUACAGGAGCAGCGGCUGGUGGAGGAGCUGAAGAUGCAGCUGGAGGUGGAGAAGAGGGGCCAGCAGGUCUGCCAGGCCGCGGAACCAGCCCCUGCUGCCGUUGUGAAGGAGGAGAGCUGCAUCCCCCCGAAUUGCACGACCGUCUGGGCCCCCCUCGUCCAGCCAGCCUCGCUUACGGUCAAGCAGGAGGAGCCUGUCACACCCUCUCCUCCAGCCCCCAUCCCCCCGGUCGCACUGCCCCCCUUUUUCAUCCACCCGCACGUGUCCCAGGUCCUCGGGCAGCCCCAGGCCCUGAUCCCCACCCAGCCUGGCACAACCCAAAUCCUAGUGCCCGUCUCUCUCCCUGCCAGCGCCACCACCAUCCAGCUACCCAGCGCCAGUGUAAACCUCAAGACGCAGCCAGUUGUCCAGACUGCUGUCCCAGUUCAGAGCCAAGGUCUCGUGCAUCCUUCUGCCCCGAGAACAGACACGUCGCCCUCCCAAUACAGCAGGCAAGAACAGCACAUUGCUAAGACCUUUCCGUUAUGCACCACUCCAGAAACUGGUUUCCAGUACAGCGCCAACCAGAACCAUCUAUUGAAAGAAAUACCCCAGUGCUUCCUGAACAGCUCCCCGGAGAGCAGACCCCCCACCGUUCUCCCCAACGGUCCCGUGAGCAAGGCUCCAUCCUCCUCUCCUCCCACUUUCAUCCUCCAGCCAUCUACCUUCUCCAGCCACGCCCCCAAGAGCAAAGACCCGCCCCGCUAUGAGGAGGCUGUCAAGCAGACACGCAGCCUGCAGGCUCCCACUGUCGCCCAGAUGCCUACAGUCACCAGUCAGCAAAUGGAUGACCUGUUCGAUAUCCUGAUAGAGAGCGGAGAAAUCUCCCCCCUCAUUCGACAAGACCUGCCCUCGGUGAGGAAAGUGCUGCCCGUGACAGCCAGCGUCACCACCCUCCCUGUCAACACCGUGCUGUCCCGCCCCCUGCCCCAAGUGCAGCUGGCCCCAGCCGCCUCCAUGAGCCUCGACUCCACACCCAGCCUGGCCAUGCUGGCCUCGGACAACCAGCUGGAAGCUCUUCUGGACGGCACUCUGUCGGAAGACCCCGAGCCCCACACGCUGGGACUGGGGGAGGAGCUUCAAUGCCAGCUGCUGGAACAGCCUCACUCUCCCAUGGACACGUCGGAACUGACGUUUGCCGACGCCGUGCCUACCACCUCCUUUGACCUCCAGGAUGCUAAUCUGGACAACAUGGAGUGGCUGGACCUGACCAUGCCGGGGCCCCCGGGAGGGCUCACGCCACUGGGUAUAUCCUCUGACAUACUUGACGCUCACGACCUCCACUUACACUGGGACUGAUGCAGAACAGGCCCCGUCACCUCUAGGAUGCCCAGUGAAACGAAGCGUGUAGCCGCCUCCCGUUACUGCCUGAGCCAAGGAGGACACUAAACGCAUCCCUAGCAGUUAGAGGGCCGGUCACAUGUGCUCACAAUGGGGGUCCCACUCUAAGGCCCUGUGAGGUCACACUUUCCACGUUCGGCGGAAUCCGAUGAUGGACUCACUCUUCCACACACUCUUUACUUAAGCACCACUAACUGACCUUUAUUUUGAUUGCUGUGUGUGUUUUUUUUUUUAAUCCUUUUUUCGGCUGGCUGUCCUUCAGGGGUGUGCUGGUAUCUGAAAUUGUUCAUAAUCAUGUGCUCUAACAGCUGGAAAGAAUUUCUUGAUUUUAUUAUUGUAAUUUUGUAUUCUGUGGCAACAAAGGGAUCAUUGGCUGCUACAUAUCACUAUGAAAGCGGUCAAAAUGCAGGUGGAAUGUGUGAGUUAGAAGGGUAUUUUGAAAGGCUGUUGGUCCUUCUGGUUGAUCACACUAUGCUGUCUUCCUUGUUUAUCCAUACUGUAAUGGUCCUUCUCUUACCCACAUACCCUAUAGCAAACAGCUUGGCACAUUUAACCACAUCAGUAUGGGUGAGCACUGCCGCUGCCCCCCUCAGAGGGAUCUGACUGACAUUGAAGGCUCCUUCAUCCUGCUCCAGCCCACUGAUUGCUGCUGGCAGCCCACUUGCUUACUGUCAUCUCUGUGCUCAACACUAAGACCACAGACACUAGUGUAGCUCCUCCCACUCUUUAGAAACUGGAAACAGGUGAUUUCUUUGAUUUUUUUAAUUUUUUUUUGCAUAACAGAGAAGAAUGAGGAGUUGAAUUAAUCUGUCGCAUAUGAAAGAAUCUCACAUUUGAAAAAACAUAGCGCAUUAAUUUCUUCCUCGGCCCACAAACAUUGCCUCCAUCUGGUCAUGUAUGUGCGAUUCAGGCGGUCAGAGGGAAAAUCGGUGCUGCAUUUUAGCAGGAUGUCGGGGGGCUGCGCUUUGCGUUCCCCUAGAGGAUACAUCCUCGCUUCUGCACCACAUCACUAUCGAGUUGUGACUGGCGUCUAAGGAACCCUCUUGAGCUCCUGAGAUGGUCGAAAGAGAGGUACACGUCUGCUUUCGCUUAGCCAGCAAACGUUUGGUUAGCUGUUUGAGAAAAGAUCACUGUCGGAGGAGCUUACUUUAGCCAUCUGUCCUUGUACAAAAAAAUGAAAGCUUUGACCAUCAUGUAAAUACAUGUAAAUUGAACAAGCAGUCUAUUGUGUAAAUACUUCAAUAAGUAAAUUAUGAUGAGGGUGAUUUGAGUAGGGAUUUUUUUAUAACAUUUAACUGCUGUACAGUCUUGCUGGAAUUUUACUGGAUACAUGCACAUCUAGGAUGUGGAAGAGUCGCAUAUUCUGUAAAAUUUGGUGAUGCUGUGAAAUGAGAUACAGUGUGUGUGUGUGUAUGUGUGCGCGCGCGUGCGCACACGCACAUGUCUGUCUGCCCUGUUUUGUCUAUCUGUGUAUAUGUCUGUGUGAGCGCAAGAGUUCAAAGAUGGUAGAGUAAACCUGUUAUUGGUGUCUCUACAGCUGGUUCUGGACCAAUUCAUUGUUUUGGGCACAGAUACCAGUAAGGGUUACCAAAAAAAAAUGCAUGAGAUUAAUAACCUGCACAAGGCAUCGGUGUGCACCAUAUAUUUCAUGUCACAUUUUGCACAUCUUAUAUUCAUGCUGCAGAACAAUGUUUUGCUGAAAUUUGAUGGAAAUGCAGAUGGAGAAACAAAUUAGGACACUUGGAUGAAUGUAGCGCUCUGUUGUUAAGUCCUCUCACUGGCGCCAUCUGCUGUUGUGGCAUGCAAAUUACAGAGAUUAUUACUUUGUUGCACUUAACAUCAGUGCCCACCUAAAUGAGAAUCACAGACUUUCUACCAGAGUUGAUAACUGUCAACGAGAUUGUGUUUAUUGGGUGGGGGGAGGGGUAAUUCAUUUGAAGUUUAGAAUAGUCAGAUGUACACUGAGAAACACAAGGGAUCAGCCUCAUUAAUCAGUGUUGUUAAGCAGUAGUACCACUUGCCUUGCGAACACCAGAGAUUAUAUCAUGAUAUGUGUCCAUCUCCCCCACAGCACAGUUUUCCUGUGCUUAUAACAAAGUAAGCAACACAGUAGAGGGGCAGCAUGGUUGCCACAGUGGGUGUGCCGUGUUUCUCUCCUUUCUGCCUUGCAUGCUGGGGCUCAUGCUCUCCUCACGCCUACUGCUUGGUGAGGUCACUACAUACAGAAUGCUAGAGAUGUGGUAUCGACUGUAGCAGCCAUGUUUUUGUAGCAUCCCAGAGGAUCACGGUGAAGCUAUUUGCUCUGAAGCUUAUGUGCAUCGCUGCAUUAAUCAUGGGCUUCGAUAGACCCCUUUUACUGGAACUCGCGCCCCAGUAUUUAUGUAAAAUCUCAUGUUCAGCUUUCAGAAAUCAUAUGGGUGUUGGGGGAGUAGGGGCCAUGGCCCUCCAAAGUACUAAGAGAUACAUGUAUGACAUUAAGUUCUACUUACACUUAUCUCCCUGGGUAGUAGGAUUGGUGCCAAAUAUAGAACAUCAUUCUCAUCUGAUUAAUAAUACACAUUCUAAAUCACGUGGCACUUGGUUUUAGGUCUGAGGGUAGGAGUGUAAAAGAAGAAAGUAGGAGUCAGUGUAAUUGAGUUAAAUACCCCCAACAGUAGGGGGAGCCAUUUAUCUGUGGAGGACAGAACUCAGUGGGAGUCUAAUCAUAUAGUCCAUACAUUUUGCCAAAGAGGGUGGUAGAUUAGCGAUGUCCCUUAUCUGCCUUUAUUUUCUGUGGUUUUGUUGAGGCGAACAAUCAUUUUUGUGUACUUCAGUGGAUGGUGAAGAUGUACAUAGAUUUACUUUUUUAUUUUAAAUGGAUAUUUUAUAGUAAGAACCACUUGGCAGCCAAAUAGGCCAAACAAAAGGGGGAAAAAUAUCUCUGUGUUUCAGUGUUUCAGUCCCCUGACACUGAGUCAGCCAUUUAUGAUCUGGGUGUCAAAAGACAGGAAUGUCUGAGUGAAGGUAUGAGCAGCAGGGAUCGGCAGUGCACUGGAUGUGAAAUCAGUGCAUUGCCACACCAUGGCAAUCUUAGGGUAGUUAUUCUGAAGCACACUGCUUAUGUCGUAAUUCUAGCUUUAAGGAGGCUCACUUUAACUUAAGAACAUAAGGAUAAUAUGACAGUUUCAGCUGAAAGCUGAUUGAGUGUAACUGAGGUAUUUCUGUCAGCCUUCUCUGUGUAAUUGCUCGUCAGUCCUUCCUUGUGAAUUUUCUGAGUCUUCCACGUCUUCAGUAUUUUCUGUUGCAGGAAUAAAACUAUUGAAAACUAUUCCAAGGAGGUAUCAAAGAUCUAUCUGAUCAUCAUUUUAAAGUCUUUUUCAUAUGCUGUCUCAUUUAUUGUUUGUACGCCAUGUUUUGCACACAGUGUAUAUAUUUAUAUAGAUGUAAUGCAUAUUUUUAUAUGUGGCAUAUUCAUGAGCUCUAUUUUGUAAAUAUUUGAAAUGAAUACACUGUCUAGUGUGUGUGUUUGUUUAUAUAUAUAUGUACAUAUACAGUAUAAUACACUCAUUUCUGUCAAUAAAGCUGGUGAUGUGCAGUGAGAAUA